AUGGGCGUUCAUUGUGCGAUCAUUGGUUGUUCCAAUGAGAGUGGGCGGUGUAAGGCAUCUUUCUUUCGUCUGCCAGCCAUAAUAACAAACCAGGGUGAGAAAACUGAGGAGCUUUCAACAAAGAGACGCACACUUUGGCUGUCGAGGAUCAGCAGGGCAGACCUUACCCCGAAAUCAUACCCUUACGUAAGGGUGUGCUCUGAGCAUUUUGAAAAAGGUAAGCCAUCGCCUCUGUACCCGGAAGAUGGUUUAGACUGGGCACCUUCCCUGAAGCUUGGUCACCAAAAAGUCACCAGUCUUGCUAUACAGACCCCCCUUCGUGGUAACAGAAUGAAACAAAGAGAGGAAAAGAAGAAGAGUGUUGAGGCUGCCCAUUCACUCCUUGAACUUUUCAACCAGAGUCGACAAGACGAAGUACCAAAACUGGACGACCCUGAGCCAGAUCAUGAGGUAACUUGCGAGUCAGCUGAUGAUGAUUAUGUCAAUGCCCAACAUGUGCAGACAGAACUGUCUUCUGAUUCUAUAAGUGCACUUGAAAGUGAUUACAACAGAUUAACUGUGGAGAACAUUGAACUCAGACAGAAACUAGCUAGCAUGACAAUCAGUGAAGAAGGUUUGAAGGAUAAUGAUGACAAAGUUAAACUGUUGACUGGAUUUGCCUCAUAUCACAUUCUGAUGACUGUAUUCAGUUUCUUGGAACCAUCACUUCAUGUUACCCACAGUAGUGCACUGACCAAGUUCCAGCAAAUGAUGGUGGUGCUUAUCAGACUAAAGUUAGCCUUUCCAUGCCUGUAUCUAGCUGACAUUUUUCAAGUUGCCCCUAGUACUAUAAGCAAAGUGUUUUUGAAUUGCUUAAAUGUGAUGUUUGUGAAACUUAAACCACUAGUCUAUUGGCCUCAGAGGGAAGAAAUACAAUUAACAAUGCCGAUGGAGUUUAGGAAGCACUUUGGACUUCGUGUAGCAGCAAUUAUUGACUGCUUUGAAAUAUUCAUUGAGAGACCAUCUGGAUUAAAGGCGCGUGCGGAAACAUGGUCCAACUACAAACACCACAACACGGCCAAGUACCUGAUUGCCAUAACGCCACAGGGAAAUAUUAGCUUCAUCAGUGAUGGAUAUGGAGGAAGGGCUUCAGACAAAAUUAUAACCAACACCAGUGGUUUCCUGGAGAAACUUUUGCACGGAGAUAUCAUAUUAGCAGACAGAGGUUUUGAUAUUGCGGAGAGUAUUGCACAGGCCGGCUGUGAAUUGAAGAUCCCUGCAUUUACCAAAGGAAAACCACAACUAUCAGCCUUAGAUGUUGAAAACACUAGAAAACUGGCACAUGUAAGGAUCCAUGUCGAGCGUGUGAUAGGACUUCUCCGUAAUAAAUUUGAAAUACUCCACAAAACCAUUCCGAUUGACUUCCUAGCAUCAACAGACAAUUAA